ACCUAUUGCGCCUGCGUAUCCAGACGUGGCAACGGCAUCAUGGCCUCUUGGAACCGCCACGGGAGUCGAAUGAGAGAGGCGAAAAUGUUCAUGUUGGUGUUGCUGGUGUGGCCGGUGCUGGAGGCGGUGAAGGUGUCUCCUCUCAUAGAGAAGGUCAGCGACCACAAAGACUUCAAGAAGCUGCUCAGGACGAGAACCAACGUUCUGGUGGUCUACACCAAGACAGCUACAUCAGGCGACUCCCACCUGAAACUGCUCUCAGAUGUGGCCCAGACAGUAAAGGGCCAAGGGACUAUUGCCUGGGUCAACUGUGGAGACUCAGAGGGCCGUAAGCUCUGUAAGAAAGUGAAGGUGGACCCGAGCUCCAAACGCGGAGGAGCAGAGCUGCUGCAUUACAAAGAUGGGAUGUUCCACACAGAGUACAACCGGCCCGCCACCUUCAAAUCCAUGGUGACGUUCUUGAAAGACCCAUUGGGACCUCCACUGUGGGAGGAGAACCCUGAGGCAAAAGACAUCGUCCACAUAGAGACAGAAAAAGACUUCAGGAAGUUGCUGAAGAAAGAGGAGAGGCCGAUCCUUUUAAUGUUCUAUGCUCCCUGGUGCGGCGUUUGUAAGAGAAUGCAGCCCAUUUUUCAGCAAGCGGCAACAGAGACCAAAGGGAAAUAUGUACUGGCGGGGAUGAAUGUGCACCCAGCUGAGUUUGACGGCCUCAAGCAGGAGUACAACGUCAAAGGAUACCCGACCUUCUGCUACUUUGAGAAGGGGAAGUUCCUUUACCACUAUGAAAACUACGGAGCCACAGCUAAGGAUAUGGCAGACUGGAUGAAGAACCCUCAGCCCCCCCAGGCAAAGACCCCCGAGGUGCCGUGGACGGAGACAGACUCCCCAGUCUUCCACCUGACCGAUGAGUCCUUUGACAGCUUCCUGGAAGAACAUCCUGCAGCCCUGGUCAUGUUCUAUGCACCCUGGUGUGGACACUGCAAGAAGAUGAAGCCAGAGUAUGAUGAAGCUGCUGAAAUACUUAACAAGGGCACAGACAGUCCGGGUGUGUUGGCAGCAGUGGACUCCACAGUGCACAAGGCUGUGGGGGAGCGCUUCAAGAUCUCCGGCUUCCCAACCGUUAAGUAUUUUGAGAAAGGUGAGGACAAGUACACGCUGCCACAUCUCCGAAGCAAAGACAAGCUCAUCGAGUUCAUGCACAAUCCCCAGGCACCUCCACCACCAGAACAGUCUUGGGAAGACAAGCCGUCCAGCAUCAGCCAUCUUGGAUCAGAUGACUUCCGAGAGGCUCUGAAGAAGAAAAAACAUGCUCUGGUCAUGUUCUACGCUCCCUGGUGUCCGCACUGUAAAAACGCUGUUCCCCACUUCACCACGGCAGCAGAGCUCUUCAAAGAGGACCGCAAGAUUGUGUACGCUGCUGUGGACUGCACAAAAGGACAAAACCACGAGCUUUGUAAGCAGGAAGGUGUAGAGGGCUACCCGACAUUUAACCACUACAACUAUGGCAAGUUUGUGGAAAAAUACAAUGGAGAUCGGGGGGAGGCGGGCUUCAUAGGUUUCAUGCGCAGCCUAAGAGGACGUGAUCAGGAAAAGGUUGUCAAGAGAAAGGAGGAGCUCUGAGGGUGGCGUGCAGGUGCAGGGAGGGGGAGUUGCACUGCACAGUUUGUCAUUGCACUGUGACCCUUGACCCUGGCAAGGGCCCAAUCAGCACUGAUGUGGGAGACUUGAUGACCUCAGUGAAAGGCUAUUUUUUUAUACCGUGGUGAUCACAUUUGUAAUAAUACCAACAGAGUACCUACAGUGAGGCCGACCACUUCAGACUUCUUUUUUCAUGGAUAUUCUGAUGGGCAGAAAAAUACAUUGACAAAAAAAGUGAUUUUUUUUUUUUUUUUUUUUUUUGCCUAAACACUGUGACUAAAUAUGUGAAAAGCUACACCCUAUACAUUAUCUAUGCAAUGCCGACCCCCGCGUAGCUUUGCGGGGGUCUGUGUAACGGAUUGACACCCGUGGUGGUGGGCAUCAAUAGUUAAAAGGUGGAGGUCUGUCACUCCAUAGAGCUCCAAAUCCCGUCCCAUCUACCCUGCUCUGUCUCUAGAAAUAUACACCUGUUGGUACACCGUCACGUCAUGGUACACCUUCAUGUCUUAAGUCCAGAACCAUCCAGAAUAUUGCUUUGUUAUCCCCACAGAUCAGUUGGGAGAUAACUGCAUUUAAUAAAGCCUACUAUAGUGCUACUGUAGUAAUAAGGUACUGUAGCAAUGAAAUCAUGGCCAAAGGGUCAAUAUUCUGUAUUGUUCCUUGCUCUCAUAAUGAUAAGUUUUGCUUUUAGAAAGGACUUACAAAUUGUUGUUGGCUUAAAACGGUGGCCUUAAAGAUAUAAAGUGAAAACAUACUGGAAUUGCAGUAAUAGAAUAUGAUAAAAAGUGGAAGGCAAUCAGAGGCCUGGUGCCCUUACGAUUCCCCUCAUGGACCAGAGCAUGUCAGCGUAGAAAAA